UCCGCGAGGGGCCUGCCGGCCGCAGGACCGACCUGACCCGCUCCACUCCGGGAUCAUUGACACGAGCCUCUGCGGCACGACGGCCAUCGAUAGCCGAUGGAACGCAGUCGAUCAACAGAUUAGACUUGGUAAGCAGCUUAUGCUGCAGCCGGUCGUCAUCACAGCGGAGGCAAACCGGUGGGACGGGCCGCCUCCCCGGCCGGCCGGGCUGCUGAUCGGACGGACGGGCGCCACUCGCGGCCCGAGCUCAGAGGUUGAGGUGUCGCGCACUGCCGUCCCCCUGCCGCCGUCACGUGCCAUGUGGUCACCGAGGGAGGUGCGAGCCGGCCCGCCGCCGCUGGUGCUGCUCCUUCUGCUGCAGUCGGCGACUCUGUGCACCUGCCAGCGGUACCGGCCGCUGGUGCCUCCCAGCGUGUCUCUGGGGCUCGGCUCGGCCUCCGGACCCGUCCCCGCACAGGGGCUGGGCGCGGCGCCGGGUCCCGUCACUGCCCCGUUCUCAGAGACGGUGGAGCGCGGCACGGAGUCGGCCAAAAUCCAGACCAACGACCCGCUCUGCGGCCUGGAGCCGCGGCGGAAGCGACAGGCGGGGCCGCCGGGAGGAGAGCCCAGCCCGCAGCCUCCGCUCCGGAUCGUCGGAGGACUCACCGCCGAAGUCGGACGCUUCCCCUGGCUGGUGGGUGUCACCAAUUUCUUCAGCACGGUGCCGUUCUGCGGCGGUGCCAUCAUCAACGAGCGCUUCGUCGUCACGGCCGCCCACUGCCUGCGAGGCCGGUCUCCAAUUACGCUGGCCGUGCUCGUCAACAAACAUCUGAGGAAGGAGGACGAGCGACAGAUCAAGUUCGGCAUCGAGAAGAUCAUCCGACACCCCGAGUAUAGCCGAGAGACGCUCACCGACGACCUGGCCCUCCUCAAGCUGAAGGACAGGAAAGGCCAGCUGCACGAGCUGCUGGCGAGCGGCACCGUCCGGCCCAUCUGUCUGCCUGAGGAGCCGUGCGAGGGUACCGGCCGGCCGGCCUGCCUGCUGGAGCGAGCCGUCACCAUCGCCGGCUGGGGCUCGCUGGCCGAGGAGGGCGCCAAGCCCACCGCCCUGCAGUUCGCCACCGUGGAGGUGCUGCCCAACGUGGUCUGCCGCGACGCCUACCGCCGGAUCAACAUCACCGUCAACGACCACAUGCUGUGCGCGGGUCAGCGCGACGGCGGCAGGGACACCUGCCAGGGCGAUAGCGGCGGUCCGAUGAUGCUGGAGAUCGACGGCAAGAUCACCCUGGGAGGCAUCGUCAGCUUCGGCAAGGGCUGCGCGUCACCCGACUACCCCGGGGUCUACGUUCGAGUCUCAGAAUUCACCGAAUGGAUCAUCAACAACAGCCGCGUCUGAAGUCGUCAGCCCCGAGAGAGCCGGACAAAUGAGGAUGUCUGUUCGGCUCGGCAUACGACGGAAGCCCCAACGCGUACUUUAUGCAUCUACGACUACGACCGAUCAUUCGCAUUCCAUAUAAUAUUGGAUCUGACCCAGAAGACCAUGAACGCUCGCGUUUUUGCGAUCGAUAUCGAAAUAAAUGUAAAACUGAAACGACUCCCGAAAAAAAACGACACGAACCGCCUAUGACGGCUACCGACAAACAAUUCCCCGAACAUAUGUGGAGUAGGUAGAAAUAACAGCAAACGUGUCCUACAGCAAAUACUAUCGUCAGUUCGUACACAGAUUUCACAGUGCCGAACGGGAGACCACUAUCAACCCACCUGAAGUUGGUGCAAUAGGUUGCUCGACUUUCAGACGCAUUGCUUCUUGCAGUUCCUCGAUGGGAGAGCGACUGGACGCUGAACAGGACCGGAGCCAGCGGAACACCAACGUGUGCUCCCGGUGAGCCGACGACACCGAGCCCACCACCGCUGACCGACCUCGCGACGGCGCGUGGAUUUACUAUGGCACCGGCCGGUCUCCGUGCUAACCGAUGACGUCACCGAUCUGACGUCAUGGCGUGGCUCCGGCCGGAGUUGCACCACCUGACGGAC